UUACACUUUGCGUAAAGACGUUCCGUCUCGUCUUCCUCAUUUCCAGCAGCACAAUGGCAGAGGCCGACAUCGCACUUAUCGGACUGGCCGUCAUGGGUCAGAAUCUCAUUCUUAACAUGAACGAUCACGGAUUUGUGGUUUGUGCAUAUAAUCGCACUGUGGAAAAAGUUGAUAAAUUUUUGGCAAAAGAAGCGAAGGGUACAAAGGUCAUCGGAGCGAAGUCCCUGAAAGAGAUGGUUUCGAAGCUGAAGAAACCACGACGAGUGAUGCUGCUCGUGAAAGCUGGCAGUGCUGUUGAUGCAUUCAUUGAUCAGCUGAUUCCGUUGUUGGAGGAUGGUGACAUUAUUAUUGAUGGAGGAAACUCGCAGUAUACCGACUCGCAGAGAAGAGCUAAAAGUCUGGAAGAGAAGAAGAUCUUGUUCGUUGGAAGUGGCGUGUCUGGUGGAGAAGACGGAGCUCGCUAUGGACCUUCACUCAUGCCAGGAGGAUCAGAAAAGGCUUGGCCUCACAUCAAAACCAUCUUCCAAGGCAUUUCUGCUAAAGUCAACGGAGAGCCAUGCUGUGACUGGGUUGGAGCUGAUGGUGCUGGGCAUUAUGUCAAGAUGGUGCAUAAUGGUAUUGAGUAUGGAGACAUGCAGCUCAUCUGUGAGGCAUAUCAUCUGAUGAGGGAUGCACUUGGGAUGAGUGAAGAUGAGAUGAGUGGCGUGUUUGGGGAAUGGAACAAAGGCGAGCUCGACUCUUUUCUUAUUGAAAUCACACAGAACAUUUUGGCUUACAAAGACACAGAUGGGACACCAUUAGUUAGGAAAAUCAGAGAUGCAGCAGGACAGAAAGGAACAGGCAAAUGGACAGCCAUCUCUUCACUCGACUUGGGCAUGCCUGUCACACUGAUCGGUGAGUCUGUGUUUGCACGUUGCCUUUCGUCUUUGAAAGACGAGAGAGUAACAGCCAGCAAGAGCUUGAAAGGGCCGAGUACGACCAAAUAUGAAGGUGACAGGAAGGAAAUGGUGGAGCACAUCAGACAGGCUCUGUAUGCAUCCAAGAUUAUCUCGUAUGCCCAGGGCUUCAUGCUGCUGAGAGAAGCAGCAAAGGAAUACAAUUGGACACUCAACUAUGGAUCAAUUGCUCUCAUGUGGAGAGGUGGCUGCAUCAUUAGAAGUGUAUUCCUUGGCAACAUCAAGGAAGCGUUUGACAAGAAUCCUGGUCUCACUAAUCUUUUGCUGGAUGACUUCUUCAAAGAUGCUAUUCAUCGCAGCCAGGCAUCAUGGCGUAAAGUCUGUGCAAUGGCUGUCACUCUUGGUAUCCCCACUCCAUGCUUCAGCACUGCUCUCGCCUUUUAUGAUGGCUACAGAUCAGGCAGCUUGCCAGCUAAUCUCAUCCAGGCACAGAGAGAUUACUUUGGUGCUCACACAUAUGAGCUGCUCUCCAAACCCGCUCAAUUCAUCCACACCAACUGGACUGGCCACGGUGGUUCUGUCUCGUCAUCCACUUACACUGCCUGAUUGGUCAAGUGUAGCCAUUGAUAUCAACACUUGUGUUUCAAUUGCAGUGAUGCUGUUGUAAUCUUGACAGCAUGAGAUUGUAUGUUGCUGUCAUUUUAGCUCAAAUGGAUGUCUGUCUGAUAUCAUUUACUCCCAACAGUUGUAUUGAUUGUUCUGAUGAAUUAGGUGCAGUACAAGCAAGUUGUUCUCCUUGUUCUCAUUGAUUUUAAGUUUGAUAUUAAUAAUCAUUACAGAUUGACAUGCUGGGUUUGUAGGUUGCUAGACAUAAGUGAAUAUCUUGAUUAUUAAACAGACACAUGGACAGACA